AUGAGGCAUCUCUUAUAUCUUGCCACUUUUAUUCCAUUUGCGCACAGCAAGACAGCUGGUCAGUUAUGCGCUGGCACUGCUGAGCUUCAGGCUAUCACGUACAGAAACAUCAGUCAGCCUGGCGCAUACAACCGCACUACAUACGUCGACCCUAGUACUGGAAUCUGUGGUCAUGAGACUGUUCGGUACCCAGCUACUAGCUCACUCACACCAUUAUUUGGAGAGGUAUCGAUGCACCUCCGUGGUCCCAUGAACAUAUCUCAGCUUGCUGUGUACCAGGUGCCCAGCGAAGCGUUCAGAAUGCGGAAACGGAGUUCUACCCCAUUCUACAAUCAACGGCGAGACCCGGAACGGCGCAGUAUGGAAGUUGGCAACACGGGCUAUACACAGCCACAUGUCAAGCGGACUUGGACAACUACUACCAAAUGCGACUCUAUGUCUACUGUUACCUCGACUGUCACAGUGACGGAUUGUGGAACAAGUUCUAGCAGUACUCCAGCACCUUUACCCAACACGACAUAUGUUGGCCCGCCAUUGCCGUGUUUACCUACUCCUAAUAUUGCUUGGCCUCCCACCGGCACCAAUUCCUCAAACACUAAGUGCACAUGUCAGAACACGCAGACAGUCAGCCAGCAUCUCGGACACGAGCAUCCCAGAUUUGCGUCGAGACCCACGCCAGCCCAACAGUCAGAACCAGCAACCGACGUUGCUGAAGUGCGCAAAAGAGCUGGAGCUUGGGAUCGUGUUGCAUACUAUACGUCGACAGCCCCUGCUCAAGCAACCGGGUUCUCGUUCCUUGCUAACUUAGGCGAUCCGCGCCAAUCCGGUACCUUUGACUAUGCUUUCGGCAACUCACUGAGCUUUGUCACUCCUGCUGGUAAUAAGGUGGCGCCUGAAAGCCAACCUUUCGACGGCACACUUGACACCUCGGAGUAUGAGAUUGCAGUAUUCUCUGACAAGCAAUGUGACGGGAAUUGUCCAUACUCGAGACCGAACGCUACGUCACAUUACGGUUGGUCCGGCUCCUCCAAAGCCUUCUUCAUUGAGUUUCAGAUGGAUCAUUAUCAGAACCGUGGCAGCGAUCAUGGCAUAAUAUCCGACGCGCCCGCAUGGUGGUUCCUCAAUGCCGCAAUACCUCGCAUUCUCCAGUACGGCAGCGACCGCAAUAACAUACCUUGCUCGUGUUGGUCAACUGGUUGUGGUGAAUUUGACGCUUUUGAGGUUUUAGGCAAUGGAGAGGAACGGGCGAAGAGCACCAUGCAUCGACAGGGGAAUCUUGAGGGAGGGGAUUCGAACUACUUCAAAAGGCCUGUGGGUAAGAAGUUGAAAUUUGCGGUGGUGUGGCACUUUCCACACAUCACAGCCAGAGUGAUGGAAGACGACUACGAAUUCCCUGAUUCAUUGGCAGAAGGUCAGAUCGAUGCCCUCGUAGCUUAUGAUCCUGACAGCUGGGUGCACUCAAUGUUUCCCAUUGGCGACUGAAGGGAAACAUCUGUCUACAGCAGGGUUGCUUUAGACCAUCUAUCUCUUUAAUACAUGCCAAUUAGAUGCUUAUUCCGUCGUAAAGUCCUACAUAACGUGUCUGUUGUACGGUGGUUCUUUUCUGCUGCGAGCCUUGGGAGUGCUGAUGUGAGGCGCAAAAAAGAGCAGUCGGCGAUAUCUCGCCAGAGCCUUGUCCGUUGCACACUGAUUUGUUAUCAUCUCGCACGGAACGCCCGAUCUGUAGCGGCAGUCCGAGCAGCGGAGCGUUCAUGCGUGCGUUGAGUGGCGA